AUGUCACUUGAGCAAGAAGUUGAAAAACCAACAAUAAACUCCUUCGAUGAUGUCUUACCAGUACUUUCUCAAACACUACAUGAUGUAUCACCAACAACUGAAAGAUGCAUCAGUGCAUUAGAAAAUAGUACUGGUAUUAAGCGUGAACACUUUGCUUGUGGUAUAGCAGCCAUAGCAGCAGCAUAUUUGAUGAUUGGUGUAGAAGCUGGUUUUGUGUGCAAUCUCAUCUGUUUCAGCUACCCUGCUUAUAAAAGUUUCCAAAAAGUGGAUAGUCAAUCAACGGAUAAUGUCCUUAAAUGGCUGUUGUAUUGGGUGAUAUUUGGAACAUUUACGGUGCUCGAUCGAUUUGCUAGCGAUAUUAACCGACAUUUACCAAUUUACUGGCUUUUCAAGUGCAUAUUUUGCAUUUAUCUGUUUCUUCCUCAAACUGAUGGAGCCAAUCGUUUUCGAAACAAUGUGCUAGCACCAAUUUUCAAAAUUCUGAAUCGUAAACCACGAGAAAUUGUAUCACUGUCCGUUUUUCUGUUUGCUAUUUCUCAUUUUGAGUUGCAAACAAAACCAGCAACUGAUCCAGCUCUUGCCGCCACUAGAAAAGAAUCUACAACACUAAUUCAAUCAAAAGUGGCCAAAAAAGUGGAAGUGAUCCGAAAGGCUCAAAUUCCUAUAUUCUUUAUUAUUGGUCCUCCAGGAGCAGGUAAAGGAACACAGUGUGCUAAAAUGGUUGAAAAAUAUGGACUAACACAUUUAAGCACAGGCGAUCUUUUACGAGCUGAAGUAGCUUCAUGUGGAUCACGUGCUAAUGAACUACGACAAAAAAUGGAAAAUGGCGAACUCAUUUCUAUGAGAAUUGUAUUAGAUCUUCUCAAAGAAGCCAUGUCAAGAGCAACAAUAAAUGGUAGUCGUGGCUUUCUUAUUGACGGUUUUCCACGUGAUUUGAUUCAAGCACAGCAGUUUGAAUCAGAAGUAAGUCAAUCUAAUAACCUGUAUUAUGAGACUAUGGUGAAACAGGUGGACUUGAUAGUAAGAAAAAAUGAAAAAAAUUUAUGUAUCAAACAAAAUUUAUUGUAUGUGUUUAUAGUUCGGAUUCCGGAUUUGGUUAUUGAUUUUGAAGCCAAGGAAAAAGUACUUCUGGAUCGUUGCACCAAUAGCAAAAACAAAUUUUGUAGGGAUCGAUUUGAUGACAAUAUUGAGACAAUGCGCAAACGUUGGGAAACGUAUAAACUUUCUAGCUUGCCGGUAGCCGAAUACUAUGCUCGGAAAGGAAAGCUCUUACGAGUAAUACAUAAUUUACUUUAUUUGUCGUAG